UUGCUGCAGCAGCCACGGCAGUUCAGUGUGUGACCGGAAAGCAAGGUUGUUGAGGAAUACCCAGCACCAAAAAUAGAGAAGAUUGUCGGAGUAGGAAAUAGCUUGUUUUCCUGUGGAGAGAAAGAACCCAACAGAACAACGCGUGGGCUUGUUUGAAGAGGGGCCUGGGUUGAUAAGGUUAUUCAGAAUUAAUUCUCAUGUCAGCAGAAAACUCAACCAUCACAGUCCGUCUUGUUCGCUCUUUUGAACACCGGAACUUCAGACCUUUGGUGUAUCAUGGAGUUAACUUGGAUCAGACAGUAAAGCAGUUCAUUACUUUUGUGCGGAAGGAUGUGCCUUCAAGAACAGGACUUCCUCCUCCUUUCAAAAAUUACAAGUAUGAUACAAUGAAGAUUAUUCACCAAGCACACAAAUCUAAGACUGGUGAACUUGUAGUGAGUUUGGAAGAUGAUGACAAACUGAUUUUGAAAGAAGACAGUACGCUAAAAGCAGCUGGAGUAGCAAAUGAGACCGAAUUAGCAUUCUUCUGUGAGGAGGAUUACAGAAACUACAAAGCUAAUCCUGUUUCGGCCUGGUGAAGAUCCCAAGAGAUUGUUUUGUUUUCCCAUACCUGUUGUAAAUUUUCCUUAUUCCGCUUAAUGAGAUUUUUCUUAAAGAUCAAUAAAUCCUAGAGGAUUGCUUUG